AUGGAUUCUUGUUCUGCUAGUCCUGUUCCAUUGCAUAAAGGAGACAAACUUGUUCUUAAGCAAUGUCCGAGGACACCUAUGGAACGAGAAGAAAUGCAGAAAUAUCCUUAUGCAUCUCUCGUGGGGAGCCUGAUGUAUGCACAGGUCUGUACCAGGCCUGACAUUAGCCAUGCUGUUGGCGUGUUGGGAAGGUUUCAGAGUGACCCAGGGAUCGCUCAUUGGAAAGCUGCAAAGAAAGUUCUGAGAUACCUAAAGGGAACCAAAAAUCACAUGCUUACGUUCAGAAAAUCAAAUCAUCCACAGAUGAUUGGUUAUGCUGAUUCGGAUUUUGCUGGAUGUCCUGAUACUAGGCUCUACACUCUUGGAUAUACAUAUCUUUUAUGUGGAGGUGCCGUUUCAUGGAAAAGUCAAAAAUCUGAAAUGAUUUUCGGUUCCACCAUGAUGGCUGAAUAUGUGGCCUGUUAUGAAGCUUCCAUUCAGGGAACAUGGCUGCGUAAUUUUGUGUCACAGUUUGGAGACUUAAAUUUUAUCUCCAAACCAUUAUCGAUCUGUUGUGACAAUCAAGCUGCGACGUUCUUUUCUAAGCAUGACAGGAUUACUGAUGGUUCCAAACACAUGGACCUAAAAUACCUGUUGCUAAAGCAAGAUGUUAAACAAAAGAAAAUUGUCAUUGAGUCCAUAUGCACUGACUUGAAAGUGGCAGACAUACUUACAAAAGGACUGCCAAUUAAGACCUUUGAAAGGCAUGCUGAAAGUUUAGGUCUCCUGGACAGUUCCUAA